GCUGACACAAGCAGAGCCAGUUUUCCCAUUCUCUCUCUUACUCAGCUCACACUUUCUGGCUGCAAAAUAUCAUGCGCCUGUGUGUGUAUAUCAUGCUCAUAGCUGCACAUCUGGGCUCUGAAGCUGUGCUUAGUGGUUCUUCUGGCAGGGUGGAGAAGACAUCGCCCCCUGAGAGCUGCUCCCAGGUGAAGAUGAAACCUGCUGGCCAGUGCGGAAAUGAAGAGGAGUGCCCCUACCAGAUCACCAUUCCUCCUCUAACCAUCCAGCUGCCCAAGCAGUUCCAGCUACUGAAGAAAGCCAUGACGGAGCUGCAGAGCAUGAAGGAGACAGUGAGGCAACUGAAGAGUGCCUGUCUAAGCUGCAGCCUUCAAAGGGACAGUACAGAGACACAAUACAGAGGAGACGGUGGAGCAACAGCACCCAAAAAUAAGAAUUCAAGCAAUGCCAUCCAAGAGAUGCAAGUGAAGAUGACCAAGAUGUCCAACAGCCUGAAGAACGCUCACACACAUAUCAAAGACCUACAAGGAAAAUUUGAGAUGCUCAGGCACCCUAACAUGACCGAGUGCCCUUUGAUAAAUUCACCAAUACACAUCAUAGCACCUAGAGACUGCUCAGACUACAGUGUCAUGAAGAACAUGAAGAAUGGAGUCUAUAAGGUUACCCCUGAUCCCAGAAAUGGGACCUUUGAGGUUUUCUGUGACAUGGAGUCCAAUGGUGGCGGUUGGACUGUUGUGCAGCGCCGAAUCAAUGGCAGUGUGAAUUUCAACCGCACGUGGGCUGAGUAUAAGAAUGGCUUUGGGGACCUGCGUGGGGAGUUUUGGCUUGGAAAUGACCGUAUCCACCUGCUCACCAGGGCCAAAGACAUGGUGCUGCGCAUCGAGCUCGAGGACUUCCAGGGCGUGCAUGAGUAUGCAAAAUACGACCUUUUUUAUGUAUCAAAUGAAUUCCUUAAAUACCGCCUGUCCAUAAGCAAAUACUCAGGGACUGCUGGUAAUGCCCUGCAUAUCGACAAGGACUACAACCAUGAUCAGAUGUUUUUCACUACGUGGGACAGGGACAACGAUAUCUACUCGUCGGGAAACUGUGGUGCUUACUACGGAUCGGGCUGGUGGUUCAAUGCCUGUUUGUCGGCUAACCUCAAUGGCAAAUACUACCACAAGAGGUACCUAGGGAAGCGAGAUGGCAUCUUCUGGAGCACAUGGCCCAAUAUGCCCAAGGAGCACUACCUGACCAACAACAGGCAAUCAUUCAAAACUGUCAAGAUGAUGAUUAGGCCAAAGAACUACGCCCCAUAAAUUAAUAAGAGCAUUGCUACAGAAAAGGACAGCCAGAUAAUGAAGCAUCUCAUGUUUAAAAUACAAGUUGUUCAGGACAAUCAAUUUUUAAAAAAUGAGAAGUGAACUGAAGAGUGUGCAAAUGUUAAAAAAUCCUAAUUAAUGUAAGUACUCCUUCCUCUGUCUAAUACUGCCAUCUGUUCUGUAAUGGAGUUUAAUAAAUCUAGGUCUAAUGGAACUUGCUACAUUUCUUGUAUCGCUGUAGGUAAAACCCCAGACAGCCUUGAUGAUUUUUUUUAUUAGAUAUGUAUUCUAUUACAUAAUAUCACUGCCAUACUGCAAUAAACAAAACAUUCUAUGUAACAUUAAAUAAUAGCAAUAACAAUGUGCCUCUGUUCUUUUCUACUGACACACUAAUGCAUUAAGCAUAAAAUAGUCAUGUAGGGCAAAAUGUAUAUAAAAUAUCAAACUUCUGCACAUAGUCUGUAUGUGGUAAUUAAGUAUGCUUAAGUGGAAUCGACCUUGGAAAAAAACAACUGUUUUUUGAUAUUGACAAAUUAACAUUUUUCAUAUGAACAAAAACUGUAUGUGAACUGGAGCACUUCUGUAUAGUUCGUAUAUAUUUUAACUUGGUAUCAUAACUAUUAAUGUAUAUGCCAAGUCAAAUUCCAAUAAAAGUUUAUCAUUGCUUUUAUUAAACUUUGUUUUCCAAAGAAACCAAAAGAAAAAAAGAUGUUAUGAUUGUGCAACUGUAGCUUUGUAGUGUUUGUAUGCAAUGACACUCAUUUUACACCAACAUGGGGAAACAAAAUAAACACAAAUGCACACUG